UAGUUGUUAAGGUUUCAAUCUUUGAUUUAUGAAAUGCAAACUGGUGAAGAAAUAGGUUUCAAAUUUGAUUCUUAGAGAAAAAAAAUGCGUUCUAAUCACUGUCGAAGUUGUCUAGCUUUCCUUCUCAAAUUCCUUAAUUUUCUUCAAACUUUCGUUGGAGUAUCGAUUAUAAUCUAUGCCAUAUGGAUGCUUAAUCAGUGGAAAAAGCAUGCUCGGAUUCCUCAACCUACAGCUCCGUCUCCAGAAUCUUUGCUUAGGGUUCCAGGCGACGAUCUUCCUUUGAAUCUCUUGGUAAAUAUGGUUUCUGGACUUGAAGAUGGACUCGUUUACGCCUUCAGAAACCUUCCUUCGCCGUGGUUCAUAUACACUUUUCUGGGAAUUGGCAUCAUAUUAUGUUCAAUUACUUGUAUUGGUCACAUUGCAGCUGAAGUAGUCAGUGGAUGUUGCCUGUGUUUUUAUACUCUUCUAACUACCAUACUCAUGAUACUAGAAGCAGCUUUAGUGGCUUUUGUUACAUUUGAUCAUCAGUGGGAAAAGGAUCUUCCUAGUGAUCCUACUGGGGAACUUGCAAGUUUUCGAGCAUUUAUUGAAGAAAACUUUUAUAUAUGUAAGUGGGUUGGCAUAACUGUGGUUAUAAUUCAGGCUCUGUCCCUACUACUGGCCAUGAUCCUACGAGUUAUGGUCGCUACUAGGAGAGGAGAGGAUGACAGCAGUGAUGAUGAUUACACUAUUAUUAGAGGUGGAACCUUGGCACCACUAUUAAAUCCAUAUUCAAUCCAGACCAGAGGUUCAACUUCGACAGAUAGCAAAACAGUUCACUCUGACAUUUGGAGCACCCGAAUGAGAGAAAAGUAUGGAUUAAACUCGGGAAAUGUGAAAUAUAAUUUGUUGGAUCAGAAACUUACAGCAAAUUCAAAUACAGGCCAGUGAAGAUCGAGGCAGAUGUUCCAUUUUGUAACCUGAUAAAGAGCUCCAAAAUGCCUUGUGAGCUUCUGUUGGUAUGUAACCAUGACUAGGUUUUAAUUCUAUCUUUUCUCAAGUUUCUUGCUGGAACAAACUGUGAAUGUAUAUAUGGUAAUAUAAAUAUGCAUAAAAACGUUUGAUUGC